CAUGGAUGGUGAUAAUACAUCAGAGACAAAGGUACUGAUGGAUCGAGAUACACAGACCGUGGCUGAGGCGAAGCUGCCGAAGCUGAAGAUCGUCCUGUUCGGGAGGACCUCGGCUGGUAAAAGUACUCUAGGAGACGUCAUCAUGGGGAACACAAAGGCCUUCACCUCAAAGGACACAGAGAAGUGCCAUGUGGACAGAAGGACCAUUGAAGAUCAGAGUGUGGUUGUUGUUGAUACUCCAGGAGUCUCUAAAAUUGGAAAAAGCGAAGAAGAGCUGGUGAGAGAGAUCAAGAGGUCAGCUGAUCUUGUCAGUCCUGGUCCUCACGUGUUCCUGCUGGUGGUGAGGGCAGGUAUAAUCACAUGUGAUGAACUAAAAGUUCUGGAGACUUUUGAGAGCACUUUUGGCAAACGUGCAUUGGCCUACACUACGGUGGUGUUCACCUAUAAAAAUCAGGAAGUGGAUGAAGCUGAGGUGGAGUCCGGUAUGAAGAAGAGUAAGUUCCUCAGAGAAUUAAUUGAGCGGUGCCAGUGGAGAUAUUUUACUUUUAACUUUGAUGACACGAGUCCCACUCAGGUCACCGAGCUGCUGAAGAAGGUAACCCAGAGGACAGAGUACUGCUACAGUCAUGAGAUGCUCCAAGAAGCUGAAAAAGCUGCAAAACAGGAACAGCAGGAAGGAAAACCGAAACCAGAAGAAACAACAAGCAGGCGUGCUUUUCUGGAAAAGAGCGGUUUGGUGGGAAUCAUCUUUGGAUCUGUGGCAGGAUAUUUUCUGGGAGGUGGUGAGCUGACGUCUACAUCAACAGCUUUACUGGGAGCUUUAGCGGGUUCGGUACUGACGAUGGGAACGACAGCUUUAGCGCUGAAGGCCAAAAUGCUCUCUGAGAAAUGCUGCCAGCAGUGAGUUUUUAAUCCUGCUCUGGGUUUUGGUUUAGUUAUUUAAUGUCACUCUUUGGAACGUGUUUAAACAUGGAUUAGAGAAAUGAAAGAAAUGGCCACUAGAGCUCGUUACAGAGAUGUCAGCAGAAGCUGAAUCAGACCCAGGCUGUACAUUCAUGUAAUGCCAGUUUGUACCAUGAGAGGCAGCAGUGAGUCACCUUCGUUGAACCAGGCGGGUCAUUAAGAGCCGUUCUUAUCUACAAUGUUGACCCCUGACAAGAUAAGACCUCUUCAGGAAGCAGCAAAAGGCUAAAAAGGUGAUCGAGCCUUUGCAGCGGUGGCACCUAAGCUUUGGAAUAACUUACUUUCCCUUUAUAAGAGAAGCUCGUUCGCUUAAUCAUUUUAAAGCACUUCUUAAGACAUACUUACAUUUGCUUGUGUUUGAGCCUAGUUGAGUGGAGAAUCCUGGCUUUAUUAUGGUAUCUUGGUUUUAAUAUAUCUGUGAUUUUAUCUGGGGUCUUACUAGUUUAAUAUUUGAUUGUAUUUAUUGUUCUAAGAACUAUUGCAUAUUUUGAUGAUCUGUACAACACUUUGGUCAAUGGAAGUUGUUUUAAAUUUGCUGAUUGCAUUUAUUGUCUUCAUGUUUUACUCUGUGACGAUG